CGCUGCGCGGUUCAGGUUCGGGGCCCGGCAUGGCGGGGGCCGGGGCCAGGCCGGGCCGGACCCGGACCUAAAUGCCUCUGCUUCUCUACGCGCUGUUGGUCUUGCUGCUGGUUGCGCUUAGCGCACUCUUCCUAGGCCGGUGGCUUGUGGUGCGAUUGGCCACCAGGUGGUGUCAGCGGAAACUGCAGGCAGAGCUAAAGAUUGGCUCCUUCCGCUUUUUUUGGAUUCAGAAUGUCAGUCUUAAGUUUCAGCAGCACCAGCAGACAGUGGAAAUUGACAAUUUGUGGAUAUCCAGCAAACUCCUCAGCCAUGAUCUGCCGCACUAUGUGGCACUGUGCUUUGGAGAAGUACGCAUCAGAACAGACCUGCAGAGGGUGUCCAGCCUGUCUGCCCCAUUCUCCCAGAACACUGGGGUGGACCAAAAGGAGCUCUCCUUUAGCCCAUCCUUGUUGAAGAUCUUGUGCCAACUAUUCUCCAUUCAUGUAGAUGCUAUAAACAUCAUGGUUCUCAAGGUGGCUACUUCCGAGUCCUUAUGGCACAUUCAGAUCAGUAGAAGCAGAUUUCUUUUGGAUAGUGAUGGAACAAGGCUAAUCUGUGAGUUAAGUCUAUCGAAGAUCAACAGUAAAAUUCUGAAGAGUGGUCAGCUGGAGGAUACAUGCCUAGUAGAGAUCUCACUAGCUCUGGACCUGUGUCUAAAAGUGGGCAUUAGCAGUUGGCAUCUGAAGGCUAUCACUGUGGAUGUGUGGACACUCCAUGCUGAGCUACAUGAAGGUCUCUUUCAUAGUCAACUACUGUGUCAGGCCCCAGGCUGGGUGUCCAAACCUGUUCUUUGUUCAGAGGUGACAGAAAACUUAGCUGAGCCAACUCUGCCUGGUCUAUACCUCCUCCAGCAGCUGCCAGACCAGGUCAAGGUUAAGAUGGAGAACACAAGUGUGGUGUUGUCUAUGAAUAGUCAAAAGAGGCACUUGACUUGGACACUGAAGCUGCUACAUUUCCUGUACCACCGUGAUGAGGAUCAACUGCCCCUUCGAAGCUUCACAGCAAACUCUGAUAUGGCACAGCUGAGCACUGAACUCCUGUUGGAAGAUGGGUUGCUACUGUCCCAGAGUCGCCAACGUAUUGUCUGCCUCAACUCCCUCAAAGCUAAUGUGCAGGUGACCACCAUUGACCUCUCGGCUUUCCUCAUUCUGAACACUUGUAUCAUUCAUUACCGGCACCAGGAAUUCUCUCACUGGCUGCACAUGCUGGCACUGGAGACCCAAGGAUCUAGUUUACCUGUUCUUAAACAAAGGGAAAAAAGAACAUUCCCUCAAAUCCUGGCUCCCAUCAUAUUUAGCACCUCUGUCUCCAAUGUCAAUAUUUCCAUUCAGCUUGGAGAUACACCACCUUUUGCCUUGGGAUUCAAUUCCAUCGCCCUGGAUUAUCAGCACCUCAGACCACAAAGCAUCCAUCAGCGCAGUGUUCUAACAGUAGAUCACCUCUGCUGGCGUGUGGGCAGUGACUCCCACAUUCAGCGGGCACCACAUCCACCUAAUAUGCAUGUUUGGGGUGAGGCGCUUGUUCUGGACUCCUUUACACUCCAGGGUAGUUAUAACCAGCCUCUGGGCCUGUCCAACACGCAGUCAGACACCCUUUUUCUUGAUUGUACAAUACGAGGACUUCAGGUAGAAGCAUCUGACAUCUGUGCUCAGUGUCUGUCUCGUAUUAUAUCCUGGAUGAGCCCUCAGUCUGGGAAGUUCACUCUCUCGAAGAGGUCUUCACUUGGAGAAUCCGUGACAUUACUGUGGAAGGUGGACUUGAAGGUGGAAGACAUGAACUUGUUCACUCUUUCUUCGCUGGUUGGUGCUUCAGAGGUACGACUGGAUACAUUGACUGUCUUGGGCGGUGUGGAGACUUCCACUGUGGGAAUUGAAGGGCUUGUGCUUGCGCUAGUGAAGUCCGUCACGGAGAAGAUGCAGCCCUGUUGCAAGGCUCCUGAUAUUCCCACGCCAGUGCUUGGCCUCUCUAUGCUCUCCCUCACCUAUCACAGCAGCAUCCGUUCUCUAGAGAUUCAAUGUGGUGCAGGGCUGACUUUGCUCUGGAGCCCUCCAGAUCACAUGUACUUGUACCAGCAUGUCCUGGCCAUCCAACAAUGUCGAGAACUAUUACAAGCCACUGUGUUUCCCGAGGUUGUUCCAUCCUGUGUGCCAGAGACUCCAGGAACCACUUCUGAGACAGAAGAUCAUCUCCACGAGCCAUCCCCGCCUAAGAGGCUACUCAACCUGACACUGGAGGUUAGCACAGCCAAACUGACAGCAUUUGUAGCUGAGGACAAGUUCAUUACCCUGGCUGCAGAGAGUGUGUCACUGAACCGGCAUGGAGGUUCGCUGCAGGCUUACUGUCCAGAGCUUGCUGCUGGCUUUGAUGGUAAUAGCAUCUUCAACUUCAAGGAGGUAGAGGUGCAGCUGCUACCUGAGCUGGAGGAGAUGAUUCUCCACCGGACCCCCUUCCCUGCACUGCAGACCCUCCGGAAUCGUGUUUGGCUUCUGUCCUUAGGAUCUGUCUCAGUGGAGUUUCCUUAUCAGUAUGAUUUCUCUCGAACUUUGGAUGAAGCUGUGGGAGUUCAGAAGUGGUUAAAGGGGCUGCAUCGAGGGACUCCUACUUGGGCUUCUGCAAGCCCUGCCCCACUCCCACCUGAUCUGCUCUUGAAGGUUCAGCACUUCUCAUGGGUUUUCCUGGAUGACAUUUUUGAGGUGAAACUUCAUGAUAACUAUGAAUUGAUGAAAGACGAAAGUAAGGAGAGUGCCAAAAGGUUGCAGCUGCUGGAUGCCAAGGUGGCUGCCCUUCGGAAGCAGCAUGGUGAGUUAUUACCAGCUCGAAAAAUUGAGGAGCUCUAUGCCUCUUUGGAACGCAAAAACAUUGAAAUCUACAUUCAGCGCUCCCGUCGUCUCUAUGGCAACACACCCAUGCGCCGGGCACUGCUCACUUGGAGCCUGGCAGGGCUAGAGUUGGUGGCUCUGGCAGAUGCCUCCUUCCAUGGACCUGAACAAGUGAUAGAACAGGUUCGAGAGCUUGAUCCUGGCAGCCCUUUUCCUGCUGAAGGAGUAGAUCUAGUCAUUCACUGGUGUCGAAUGCUCAAGUGCAGUGUCAAGACCUUUCUGGUUCGGAUUAGAGACUACCCACGGUACCUGUUUGAGAUCCGUGACUGGCGACUGAUGGGUCGAUUGGCUGGCACUGAACAGAGUGGUCAGCCUUGCUCCCGUCGACGUCAAAUCCUGCAGUUGGGGCUUCCAUGGGGUAACGUGGCAGUAGAAAGGAACAUGCCCCCGCUCAAAUUCUACCAUGACUUCCACUCGGAAAUCUUCCAGUAUACAGUGGUAUGGGGCCCAUGCUGGGAUCCUGCCUGGACACUGAUUGGGCAAUGUGUAGACCUCUUGACCAAGCCCUCAGCUGACCCCAGCCCACCCUUGCCUUGGUGGGACAAGAGCCGUCUUCUUUUCCAUGGGGACUGGCACAUGGACAUUGAACAAGCGAACCUGCACCAGAUGGCCACUGAGGAUCCAUAUAAUACAACUGAAAAUAUGCACUGGGAAUGGAGUCACCUUUCUUUCCAUUGGAAACCUGGUCAGUUUGUGUUCAAAGGUGACUUGGAUAUCAACGUGAGAACAGCCUCUAAGUAUGAUGACUGCUGCUUCCUUCACCUGCCUGACCUCUGUAUGACACUGGACCUGCAGUGGCUGUGCCAUGGGAACCCCCACGAUCACCACAGUGUCACCCUGAGGGCCCCAGAGUUCCUGCCUGAGGUGCCCUUGGGCCAGCUUCAUGACUCCUACCGGGCCUUCCGCUCUGAGAACCUCAAUCUCUCCAUCAAGAUGGAUCUGACUCAACACAGUGGGACAAUAUCCCAGCCCCGAAUCCUGCUAUAUAGUAGUACUCUGCGCUGGAUGCAAAACUUUUGGGCAACUUGGACAAGUGUCACAAGACCUAUCUGUAGAGGAAAGCUCUUUAAUAACCUGAAACCCAGCAAGAAGAAACUUGGCCAGCACUACAAGCAGCUUUCCUAUACUGCACUCUUUCCCCAGUUACAGGUACAUUACUGGGCUUCAUUUGCCCAGCAACGGGGCAUCCAGAUUGAGUGUAAUCAGGGCCAUGUCUUCACUCGGGGGACUCAGCGGCUUAUACCUCAAGCGGGCACAGUGAUGCGGCGCCUCAUUUCUGACUGGAGUGUCACCCAGAUGGUGAGUGACCUAAGUCAGGUGACUGUUCACUUGAUGGCCUCACCCACGGAAGAAAAUGUUGAUCACUGCCUUGAUCCCUUGGUAACAAAGACCCACUUGUUGAGCCUGUCUUCACUCACCUACCAGCGGCACAGCAAUGGCACCACUGAGGAGGACCUCUCUACUCGAGAUGGGGAUCCUGCCUUUCAUACACACCAGCUGUACUUGGUAGAUUUACGGAUUUCCUGGACAACCACCAACCGGGACAUUGCUUUUGGCUUAUAUGAUGGCUACAAAAAGGCAGCUGUGCUCAAACGUAAUCUCUCUACUGAGGCCCUGAAGGGUUUAAAGAUUGAUCCCCAGAUGCCAGCCAAAAAGCCAAAGCGGGGUGCCUCACCUAGUGCUCAAGUCCCACCUCAUGUCAGCACUCCUUGCUUCAGUGGACAGCCUGAUAAGGCAUCAUCGGGAGGUGCUUCCAUGUUGCAGAAGCUGAUUGAAGAAACAGAUAGGUUUGUGGUAUUUACAGAAGAGGAGUCAGGUAUGAGUGACCAGUUGUGUGGUAUUGCUGCCUGCCAGACGGAUGACAUAUAUAACCGAAACUGCCUUAUUGAGCUGGUCAACUGCCAGAUGGUUCUACGUGGAGCAGAGACAGAAGGCUGUGUCAUUGUGUCAGCUGCCAAAGCACAGCUCCUCCAGUGCCAACACCACCCAGCUUGGUAUGGUGAUACAUUGAAACAAAAGACAUCUUGGACUUGCCUACUGGAUGGCAUGCAGUACUUUGCCACCACUGAAAGCAGCCCUACCGAACAGGAUGGGCGACAGCUGUGGCUAGAGGUGAAGAACAUUGAGGAACACCGGGAGCGUAAUCUGGAUUCUGUGCAGGAGCUGAUGGAGAGUGGACAGGCAGUGGGAGGCAUGGUUACCACAACCACAGAUUGGAACCAGCCAGCUGAAGCCCAGCAAGCACAGCAAGUCCAGAGGAUCAUUUCACGUUGUAAUUGUCGAAUGUACUAUAUUAGUUACAGCCAUGACAUUGAUCCUGAGCUGGCAGCUCAGAUUAAGCCACCUGAGAUUCAUGAGAACCAGGAGAAGGAAGAUCUCCUAAAGAAGCAGGAAGGGGCUGUGGAUACCUUCACUCUCAUCCACCAUGAGUUAGAAAUUUCCACCAACCCGGCUCAAUAUGCUAUGAUCCUGGACAUUGUCAACAACUUGCUGCUCCAUGUAGAACCCAAGCGAAAGGAGCACAGUGAAAAGAAGCAGCGGGUCAGGUUCCAGCUUGAGAUCUCUAGCAAUCCUGAGGAGCAGCGCAGCAGCAUCUUGCAUUUGCAGGAAGCUGUGCGGCAGCACGUGGCACAAAUACGACACCUAGAGAAGCAGAUGUAUUCUAUCAUGAAGUCUUUGCAAGAUGACAGCAAGAAUGAAAACUUGCUUGACCUGAACCAAAAACUUCAGUUGCAGCUGAACCAGGAGAAGGCCAACCUACAGCUGGAAAGUGAAGAGCUGAACAUCCUCAUCAGGUGUUUUAAGGAUUUCCAACUACAGCGAGCCAACAAGAUGGAGCUGCGAAAACAACAAGAAGAUGUCAGUGUGGUGCGCCGCACUGAGUUUUACUUUGCUCAGGCGCGGUGGCGUCUGACAGAGGAAGAUGGACAGCUGGGAAUUGCUGAACUGGAGCUGCAGAGGUUCCUUUACAGCAAGGUGAAUAAGUCUGAUGACACAGCAGAACAUCUUCUGGAGUUAGGCUGGUUCACUAUGAACAACCUUCUCCCCAAUACUGUCUACAAGGUAGUCCUACGGCCCCAGAGUUCCUGCCAGUCUGGGCGACAACUAGCUCUCCGUCUUUUCAGCAAAGUCCGGCCCCCUGUUGGGGGUAUUUCUGUCAAAGAACACUUUGAGGUGAAUGUUGUGCCUCUCACCAUCCAGUUGACACACCAGUUCUUCCACAGAAUGAUGGGCUUUUUCUUUCCUGGACGAAAUGUGGAAGAUGAUGAAGUUGGUGAUGAAGAGGAUAAGUCCAAACUGGUGACUACUGGAAUACCAGUGGUGAAGCCUCGGCAGCUGAUAGCCACAGAUGAUGCUGUACCACUGGGCCCAGGAAAGGGAGUGGCACAGGGCUUGACCCGCAGUUCUGGGGUCAGAAGGUCAUUUCGUAAAUCACCUGAGCACCCUGUGGAUGAUAUUGACAAGAUGAAAGAGCGAGCUGCCAUGAACAACUCCUUCAUCUACAUAAAGAUUCCACAGGUUCCAUUGUGUGUCAGCUAUAAGGGUGAGAAGAACAGUGUGGACUGGGGUGACCUUAACUUGGUGCUACCCUGUCUGGAAUACCACAACAACACAUGGACAUGGCUAGACUUUGCCAUGGCUGUCAAAAGGGACAGCCGAAAAGCUCUGGUUGCCCAGGUAAUCAAAGAAAAGCUAAGGCUGAAACCUGCAAUGGGGUCUGAGGUCCGGGGAAAGCUAGAAACUAAACCAGACCUGAAUAUGCAACAGCAGGAAGAGGAGGAGAAAGCUCGGCUCCUCAUCGGUUUAAGUGUGGGUGACAAGAAUCCUGGCAAGAAGUCCAUCUUUGGCAGGCGCAAGUGACUCGUCAAUCCGAGUGACUGCAGUACAGGAUCUGACUCUCAGGCUCCAGGGACUUGAGGGCGGGAGGAGCUUCCCUUUUGUGAGGUGUUGGAGCUCAUAGGGAACUGAGACAGUGUUCUUUGGCAGCUGUCCUAUUCCCUGCAGAGCAUGGUGGACAGUAAUGCUGAGUUCCAUCUCAGGCUGAUCCGGCCCUGGGCCAGAGAGGAAGGAGAACCAGAAGACCCAGAGUUUGGGCCAAAGCCUAGGAUCCUAUUUCCUUGGGGUCAGCUGAAAGGGUGAGGGGAUAGUAAUGAUCAAGUGUGAUGAAUUUUUAUAAAGACAUAUAUAUAUAUAUAUAUAGAUAGAUACAUAUAUAUAUAUUUCUAAGUGUAACUGCUCUUCCGCUGUGCCAGGAAGUUGAGGGGAAGGGUCUGAUCUUGUGUGCCUCACUGUACUGCCUUGUAUAAAAGAGGUAUUAGUGUU